AUGGGUGUGGUUUUGGAAACACUGCACCCACGGCCCAAGGCCUUUGUUGUUGGUAUAGCCAUCGACCCUUCGUACUGUGGCGAGAUGGAGAAGGUCUGGAACAGCUACGUCGAAAACGUCCUGAGACCGGAGUCUGAGAAUGGGCAAUGGGAGAAUAACGCAUUCGUUGCUCUACCUCGCACGCAUUUUGUGGAUCCCAAGCAAGUAACAAGACCGCCGGCGAAUCUUGGCUGGGAGACAGAGAUGUUUCGACAGCUUGACAGUGUCUUUAGGCCCGAAGAGGUCGACAAAGGGAACCACAAGGUGGUUCCGGAGAAUUGA